CCCUCCUUUAUCUGUGCAGGUCAUGCCAAGCGAGUGGCAAUGGGCAGAACAAAGAGCAGCCUUAGGCAGUCGAUGGGCAUGGCUCCAGGCCCAAGUGUCUGACUUGGAAUAUCGCAUUCGCCAGCAAACGGAGCUCUGCAGGCACACCCGCACCAGCAAGGUGCCCGUGGUCCUGGGUGAGGCUCCAUCCUCCGAUGAACUGUGCCACGCGCCGCCCCAUCUUCCCAGUGCCCUUCAUCUCAUACAUGGCCUCAAUCACCAGACUUCUCAUUCAGUCCAUUCACUGGACAGUGUGUUUUCAUCCAGCUGCUCAGGGACUACCUUUGCCUCCUCCAGGACUCCUGUACCUCCUUGUCCACCAAAUGGAGCCCUGCACAGCUCCCUUUCGUAUUCCCCAGAACAGUGGGAUGUUACAUCAGAUGUUCUCAGGAAGAAGCAGCAGUGGCCGGAAAUCCAAGUUGCUAACCCUUCUGCCCUUGACAGCAGCUGUGUGGCAGCUAGAGUUCGACCCCUGUGGCGGCACCAGCGCCGCAAACUGGUUCGUGUUGGAGCAACCCCCCAUCUUCGUGCCAAGUCAGUGUCACUGCAGUGCAACUGUGAACCACCCUCAGUGUGUAUUGGUUGGGGUGAGCGUAGCCUCUCCUCACAAACCUCCGACCAGAAGUCUCGGAGCAUUAAAGAGCGAGCAGCUUCCCUUGAUCCUUCCUUCCACCCUGUGCUAUCAUUUUUCAAUGAUUGCCCUCUGCACCUGCUCUUGGAAGGCCGUACACAAGAAACCAGUCAUACUGCAAAAUCUCUCCUUGGGGAACAGAGUGCACGGCUUCACCGACAUAAGGAAGAGGGACAAUGGCAUCAAAAACAUGGGGGUGUCCGCCUCUCUCAGCUCAAAAAGAAAGUCUCCGAAUCCAGUCGGUCCAGCUGCCAUAGAACCACCCCCUCCAUCCCUUCAUCUGCCAAGCUGCCUCACAAUAAGAACAACACUGAACAUCCUCUCCGGCAUCGCUUGGACAGCUGGCAGCCCACUUUAGACUUCCAGACCAACCUCACCAUGGAGAGGACCGUUACUCCUGUUCGGAAGAUACAUUCCACCCCUCUCCCUUCCAGUUGUGUGAGUCGCACAGACAAGCUGCAGAGGGGCACAGGAAGCCUCAGUCCUUACAUUCCCAAAUCCUCUCCUGAAGUGCCACAGCCUGCAGCAGUUGCCUUUGGGGAUCCAGUGAUGAGUUCUCUGUCUGCUGCGUCUUCUCAGCCAAGCCGGAGGAGGAGAGUGGAGAAUUCAUUUGAUAUUAAUAACAUCGUUAUACCAAUGUCAAUGGCAGGCGGAGCUAGAUUUGAGAAGUUGCAGUACAAGGAGAUCCUAACACCCAGUUGGAGACACUUGAAUUGUGAUAGUGUACUGCCACCACGCACUUAUGUGGAAAAAGAGGAUGAAUACCCAGAGACGGAUGAGGUGGAAGAUACUUCAGAUGAGGCCUACCUGAGCCGGCACCAACCAUGUGAAGAACGGGAGAAAAGCCGGUGGAGCAGUUGGGCCCUGAGUUCCUCACAACGCAGAGGUGGCAGGUCCUCUAACAAGGGUGAAGGUCGACUCACACCACAGCCGCAACUGCUAAAUGCAGGCCCAACACACCCUGUUUCUCCACCUGAGAUGACUUCUGUUCUUCUUAUUGAUUCACCCUACUUGUGUUCUCAGAGCCCUCCUGAUACCAGGGAUCAGCGGAGCAGAGGACUUUCAUUUAGUGAGGACACAAUGUCAUCCAUACCAGAUGAGGAGGUUCUAACAGUACUCCCAUGGGAGCCCCGCUCUUUUCCCCUGUCUGAAGAAGAGUUAAAAUUGGUGCAAAAUCAGGUGGAGGAAAGGACAUUUCAUGAGCUCUGGUGGCAUCAAAGGACAAACUGUGACAGCUCAGGGAGCUCGGGUGGCGGCUACUUGAACAACUUGCAUAAGAGCCAGACAGAAGCUACUGACUCAGGGAUAUCGCUGGUGAGCGCAGAUCCUACAGCCACUCCACCUAGCCCUUCUGUGUCACGGUGCGGCCUGCACAGUGUUGUGCUGCACCUUAAUGCCAGUGCGCUUUCAGACCUGCCUCCAGAGCCUGCUGUGCCUCAGAGCAGCGUGGACCUAGGGUGCUGCGCCACGCCACUGGCCGCUUCACCGCGGUCUUUACUGAACCCUGAAGAAAUGACAGCCCAGGACAGAUGAGGCUCGCUCACACAUAUGUUCUGUUCUAGCUGCUUUGAAUGUGUUUGAUAUUCAAACAACUACUGUAUUGUGAGGGAGACGUGUGAAAAUUACACAUAAAGCUAUAUACCCAGCA